CUGCGGGGCCACGGCGGCGCUGCCCACUAUGGCCCGGAAAGCAGUUAGCAGGAAGCGGAAAGCGCCUGCCUCGCCUGGAGCCGGGAGCGACGCUCAGGGCCCGCAGUUUGGCUGGGAUCACUCACUACACAAACGGAAAAGACUCCCCCCAGUGAAGAGAUCCUUAGUGUACUACCUGAAGAACCGGGAGGUCAGGCUGCAGAAUGAAACCAACUAUUCUCGGCUGUUACAUGGUUACGCGGCACAACAGCUUCCCGGUCUCCUGAAGGAGAGAGAAUUUCACCUUGGGACCCUUAAUAAAGUGUUUGCUUCUCAGUGGUUGAAUCAUAGGCAAGUGGUGUGUGGCACAAAAUGCAACACGCUCUUUGUAGUAGAUGUCCAGACAGGCCAGAUCACCAAGAUUCCCAUUUUGAAAGACCGGGAACCUGGAGGUGUGUCUCAGCAGGGCUGUGGUAUCCAUGCAAUAGAGCUGAAUCCUUCUAGAACACUCCUAGCCACUGGAGGAGACAACCCAAACAGUCUGGCCAUCUAUCGGCUGCCCACAUUAGAUCCUGUGUGUGUGGGUGAUGAUGGACACAAGGAUUGGAUCUUUUCCAUUGCAUGGAUCAACGAUACUAUGGCAGUGUCUGGCUCACGGGAUGGUUCUAUGGGACUCUGGGAGGUGACAGAUGAUGUAUUGACCAAAAGCGAUGCAAGACAUAACGUGUCACCAGUCCCUGUGUAUGCUCACAUCACUCACAAGGCCUUAAAAGAUAUCCCCAAGGAGGAUACAAACCCGGACAACUGCAAGGUGCGGGCUUUGGCCUUCAACAACAAGAACAAGGAGUUGGGAGCAGUAUCACUGGAUGGCUACUUUCAUCUCUGGAAGGCUGAAAAUACAUUGUCUAAGCUCCUUUCCACCAAAUUGCCGUAUUGUCGAGAGAAUGUGUGUCUGGCCUAUGGUAGCGAAUGGUCAGUGUAUGCAGUGGGCUCUCAGGCGCAUGUCUCCUUCCUGGACCCACGACAGCCGUCGUACAACGUCAAGUCUGUCUGCUCCAGGGAGCGGGGCAGUGGGAUUCGAUCAGUGAGCUUCUAUGAACAUAUUAUCACUGUGGGCACAGGGCAGGGCUCCCUGCUCUUCUAUGAUAUCCGAGCACAGAGAUUUCUGGAAGAGAGGCUCUCGCCUUGUUAUGGAUCCAAGCCCAGACUCGCAGGGGAGAAUCUGAAACUAACUACGGGCAAGGGCUGGCUGAAUCAUGAUGAAACCUGGAGGAAUUACUUUUCGGACAUUGAUUUCUUCCCCAAUGCUGUUUACACCCACUGCUACGACUCGUCGGAAACGAAGCUCUUUGUGGCAGGAGGUCCCCUCCCUUCUGGGCUCCAUGGAAACUAUGCUGGACUGUGGAGUUAAUGACAGCUAACUUUCUCCCAAAUGCAGAUUUACACUAACUUCCACCCUCA